AUUGAGUUUUACCCUCCGCCGAAACUACAACAAAAAAUAUUCUUUGAAAAAUUUCUAAAAAAUUUUAAGUGGCGAAAUUUUAAGUGAAAGAACUUUUAGAAAACACUUUUUGAGAUGAGUCAAGAGGACUUUAGGCUGCCGCAGGUGCCCGGUGGCAAGGGCGAUUCCGGCUCGCCGGGGGACAAGGUUCAGCCCUCGUGGUUGGCCUGGGUGGAGCGCAAUGCCAAGCCGCGGGUGAGGGUACGUCCCAAGGUGGAGCGAAAAUUGACGGUCUGGCAGAAGGCUGGACCCAUGAAGAAGAAGGACUGGAAGAAGUUCUACGCGUGGGCUGCCGUCAAAGCCAUGCCCAAGGAGCUGCCGGAGGCGCCACCGCAGGAAAUUCCCUGCGAGGCUGACUAUCUGCCAUGCGGCAAGCCGAGGGUGGCCGACGAGGACGACCUGGACAUGGUGGAGAAGAUGGAGAAGCUGUCCGUACCGCUGAAGCGCAGGCAGCGCGAGAAGCACCAGCACGUCCAUCCGAUAAACGCCUACAACCCGAUGAUUGUGUGGGGCCAGCAGCCGCAGCCCGACAAGGGUCGUCCCUUCGAUCCGCCCCACGUGCCCUGCUGCUUCCCCAACUCCGACAUCGAGGAUGAGUUCUGGGCCACGUUGCGUUUCCCCGUCCGACAGCAGGCCCUCAAGGGCAGUGCAACGGCGCGCAUUAUCAGCCUGGCCAGGCCGAAGGUUAUGCCACCAUGGCCACCACACUGCCCCAUUCCGCCGCGCACCCUGGACCCGCUGGAUGAGCGACCGCCAAAGCGCAAGAAGUUCACGGCCCAAGGCUGGCGCAUGCACCAGAUACGUCUGCUCUAUCUGUCCAAGCCGGUGUCACGUCGUGAAUUUGAAUACUUCUACAUGUGAACCCCUUUCGAUCAUUGAAGUUUCAGACCAAAAUUUAUGUUCCACAUUUCAUACUCAUUUUUCGUAAAACUAUAUCUGGUCUGAGGGUGGAAAUUGCAAGGCAGU